AGUGACGGUUAUGCUAUGGCAACGGUUGGAUCCCAGAACGAACGGCCCAGAUUUCGCGGCAGGACAAUAAACGGCUGUGGUCUAAGCGGCGCGCAGCAGGCCUAUCUAUCUUCCAGCUCGGGAAUCCCAUCCUCCUCGGCUCGGCCAUGGCGCGCCUGCUGCUCUUCCCGUCGCAAGCGUGGGUCGAUCCCGGCCUCCUCCUCCUCCGCCCGGCGGCGCCCUCGUCGGUCUCCAAGCCUCCCGCGCACAGCCACCACGGAGGUCGUGUCUUCAUCGCCCGCGCCGCUGAGCGCGCCUCCGGGCCUCCUCCCGCCGGAGCUCGCCGCCUCCGGCUCCUCUCUGCUGUCCGCCGCCGCCCUCUUCCUGCCAUAUGCUGGAAGGAAGGUGCUUUUCUUGGAAGGCAGAUCACCAACCAGAGGAGUCAUUUUAGCUUCAGAAAAUGUAGAUGAAGCUUUCUGUCACCCUUCAGACAAGGAUAAUAGGAGAAGCAGGAAUUUGCUUCUUCAAUUCGGUGCACUUCCAUGUUGCACUACAGUUUGGUUGAGUACUGCACAAUCAGCACAGUCUAGUGUGGGAACAAAGUUAAAUAUGGUUUAUGAGGUCGGAGAGCUGUUUGAGCUGGGAAUUCAGCUGUCAUAUCUUCUCAUACUACUUGGUCUGCUUGGAGCUGGUACAUUUUUUGUCAUUCGUCAGGUUCUCGUUCGUAGAGAGCUUGAUCUUUCUGCCAAAGAGCUGCAAGAACAAGUGAGAAGUGGUGAUGCAAGUGCUACAGAGUAUUUUGAGCUUGGAGCAGUUAUGCUACGGAGAAAAUUUUAUCCAGCCGCUAUCAAAUAUCUGCAGCAAGCAAUUGAAAAAUGGGACAGAGAUGAGCAAGAUCUUGCGCAGGUGUACAAUGCCCUGGGGGUCAGUUACAAACGAGAUAACAAACUGGACAAGGCAAUCCAGCAGUUUGAGAAGGCCGUGGAGCUCCAACCAGGCUAUGUGACGGCUUGGAACAACCUAGGCGACGCGUACGAGCAGAAAAAAGACCUGAAGUCGGCCCUCAAGGCCUUCGAGGAGGUCCUCCUCUUUGAUCCCAACAACAAGGUUGCAAGGCCGCGCGUGGACGACCUCCGGCAGCGCGCCAGCAUGUACAAGGGCGUGCCUGUAAAGUCUGAAAAGCGAUAGCUGUAUUCCCUUUUGGGGCUAAAAGUGUGCAUUUGUCCAGUCCCCAUGGCAGAAUAGCAGUUCGAUUUUUGAACGGUAGCAUUUGUAAACAUGAUGAGAAGCUGUAGUACCCUCGGAAUGGUUCCUGAAGAAAGGCAGAUGUAAUAUGCUUAUCUUGUUCGCCCCAAUGCAGAAUGUGCUGUAGGAGCCUGUGAUUCUGUUCGUCUGCUGAUGUGCUGUAUUGUAAGAUGGAGGCGGUGACAGAGAGAUUGCCAUAGAGGGCCUUACAAGGUUUCUGCAGCAGUGUUGGGAGGUGUCGUCCGGGGUUUCUAAUGUUCAUUUCAUUCUCGAGGAAGCUGCAUAUAUGUUUCUUAAUGCAUAGUAAAAUGAGUGGUUUUGGGGAUUUU